AUGCCUGGGAGCUGCUUACAGAACGCUGUGUCCCUUCCUGCCUGCAGGAUGGGGGCCAUGAAGCCAGCGCUGGCCUUGCUGUCCCUGGCCUACCUACUGCGCACAGCCGCCACCCUGAAAAUCUGCGCUUUCAACAUCAAGAGCUUUGGAGACAGCAAGCUGUCUGACGAGACCACCGCGGGCAUCAUCGUGAAAAUCCUGUCACAGUACGACAUCGCCCUGGUGCAGGAGGUGCGGGACGCCGAUCUCAGUGCCGUGACCAGUCUCCUGGACCAGCUCAACAGUGCAUCGAAGCAUCAGUACAGCUACGAGAUCAGCGAGCCCCUGGGUCGGGAGAACUACAUGGAGAUGUACCUCUUCAUCUACAGGACGCAGGUGGUGUCUGUAGUGGCCACGUACCAGUACCCAGACCCAAGCAACACCUUCAGUCGGGAGCCCUUCAUCGUGAAGUUCUCGUCCCCCAACUCGAAGGUGCAGGAGUUUGUGCUGGUGCCCCUGCAUACACCCCCCAGCGAGGCUGUGGCAGAGAUCGACGCCCUCUAUGAUGUCUACUUAGAUGUCAUUGACAAGUGGGGGACUGACAAUAUCAUGUUCCUGGGAGACUUCAACGCCGACUGCUCCUACGUCAAGAAAGGGGACUGGGGGUCCAUCCGCCUGCGCACCAGCGAGGUGUUCGAGUGGCUCAUCCCUGACAGCGCAGACACCACCGUUGGGAAGUCAGACUGCGCCUACGACAGGAUUGUAGUGUGUGGCUCCAAGCUGAAGAAAAGCAUCAAGCCCAAGUCUGCUGCUGUCUAUAAUUUCCAACACACUUUCAAACUGGAGGAUGCCGAGGCCCUGGCUGUCAGCGACCAUUUCCCCGUGGAGGUGAUGCUGAAGGCUCAGUGA